UAAUUCCUCCAUGUUUUUUCCUCUGUGGCAGAACUGGACAACAAGCGAAACGAUGGCAUUAAUAAAGUUAUUAACUUGAUAUGAUGGUCCUGGGAUAAAUAUAAUGUUUAGAUCUUGAUGGAUGUGUGUAAUAGCACGGCUUUAAUAGCUUUACUGUAGCAGGAGCUCGCGCAGCAGCAGUCGUCUGAGAUGAUGGCGCCCACAAAGAUGAAGCUGCGUGUGAGGCGUCCCGAGACGUCCCCGGACUCAAAAUGUCCGAUCUGCCUGGACCGCUUUGUGAAUGUGGCGUCUGUGGAACGCUGCUUGCACCGUUUCUGCUUCCGCUGCAUCCGCGAGUGGGCCAAGAACAAAGCAGAGUGCCCACUAUGCAAGCAGCCUUUCCGCUCCAUCUUCCACUCGGUGAGGGCUGAGAAUGACUUCAAAGAGUUUGUGGUGCUGGAGGACAAUGCACAGAGUGCGACCACAUCAGCGUCAGUUACAAUGACUGCAACAGCAGCAGCCCCUGCUAACCAAAAUGACACUGAAAGCACAGGGCCACGAACUCGGCGUUCCAGAGCAACAAGGACCAGGCAGAGGCGGAGUCAGAGAGGACAAGAUCCUACCCCUUCUGCUUCCUCGAUGGAUGGCGUGGGACUGGAUCAUGUGACAUUGAUGCAGCGAGAUCAAGCUUGCCUGCAGCAGCAGCUGCUGCCAUGGUUACGCCAAGAGCAAGUCAUGGGAACCAAUCCCAGUGAGCUCCGCCCCUUCCUGCUGGCACGCACUGACCACAUCCUGCAUGAGUUGGUGAGCUUUGCACGUUCCAUCGAGGCCAUGCAGUUUCCCCAGGCCCAAAGCUAUGAGGACGACACUGGCUCCCAGUCCUCUAUAAUCAACAUCUCGGAGGAUGAAGAUACCGAGGAAGCAGAUGUUGCUGAGGACACCACCCAGGACUGCGUACCCAUGGGUCCCAUGGCAACUAGCAGUGAAAUCUCUCUCAGCCAGUCUGCUUGGGAUGACGAGACUCCAGGCCCCUCCUACUCCACUCUCAGCCAUCCACAGUCGGAGGAAGUGGAGCCUGAGGGGAACCAAUUAGGAGGAACCAUCUCUGCCACAGAACAGCAUGAACACAAUGAUGAAGAAGAGUGUAUCAUUGUUGGUUAUGUGAAGCCGAUGGCUGAGCGAACUCCUGAACUCGUGCAGCUCUCAUCUGACUCUACUGAGGAGGAGGAGGGGAACAAGGUGUCUGCCACGGAGACAGUAAUGAAGGCGGAGACGUCACUGCCAUCUCAGGAGCAAGCUCCAAUCUCUCCGAAGCCGUAUCCCUCCACUUCACACACAGAGAGAGGAGGGAACGUGGAGCAGUUUCAAGAGCAUGAUGCUGGGAAGCACUCGCAUCACAGGAGGAAGGAACACACUCCAAGGCGUGGCUUUAGGAAACCAUCACACUCGCUUUCAGGGUCACAUUCUCAGACGAGUAGUGAGAGUUCUCCCCAGAGUGGACAUUCUGUAAAAAUCAGAAGAUCCCAUCCAAGAUUGAGCUGUCGAGAACCAAGGAGGCAGGGUCACCACUUAUUAGGGCGGAGCCCCACCAUUUUUGCCAAAAGAGACGGCUCCUCUUCGGAGGAACUCAUUCCAACUCGACCCAUUUCUACACGAGAAAAAUCAUCCAAGUCUUUCUCCCCAUGGGAUUCAGCCAGUCAUGACAGUGAGCGCAAAAAGAAGAGGAGGAAGAGGAGGAGAGAGAGAGAAACUGAGAGGAGUAGAUCUCCUCAUUGGGAGUCACGGCAUCGCCACAGUGACCGCGAGCUCUGGCUUCAUAGCAGCAGUAGCAGCAGUGAUGCGGAUUCACGUCGGGAAAAACCUGCUGGGAAACGUAAAUACAAAACACGGCACCUAGAGAGAACGGCCCACCGGCGAAGCAGCAGAAAAUUGAGGGAGAGGGAACGAGAGAGGGAGCGAAGCCCAAGCGUGGAAAUCAUCUUUGAGCGCCGGGUCUCCAACACACACUCGAGGGGCAGGAGGCACAAAAAGAAGAGUCGCAGAAAAGAGAGAGUGCAGAACUCCCCUACUGUUAUCACUAUAGAUAGUGACAGCAGCAGUGAUCACACCGCUGGCUGUCAGAACCAUCACACGGAGACUAACAGUCACACUGCUGACUAUCAGCACCAGCUUAUGGAUGAUGACCACAAUGACGGUGCUAAUGAUCACAUCAUUGACUAUCAAGACAACACUGCUGACGACAAUGAGCCCGUUUCAGACUGCAGCGAUCACACCAUUGAUUAUCAGGAACGUCUUGCUGAGUUUAGCGAUCGUUCCAUCGAUGAUAAAGACUGCAAUACAGAUGGUAGAAACUGCACCAAUGGUUAUAAAAAUCAUGUUAACGAUCAGAACUGUGGAACAGUGUUUAAUGACCAUAUGGCUGAAUCUAAAGACUGCGUUGCAGGUUUUAGCAGUCAAACCUCUGAUUAUGAAGACAAAAUUAUGGAGGUUGGCGAUAACACCACAGACAACAAACAUGGUGUUCAGAAGACUAGUGAUCAGACCACACAUCAAGACCAUGCAGCAAAUGUUGGCAUUCAUGCUGCUGGUUAUAAACAUGGUGUUACGGAAGUUAACGUUAACCGUGGUGACUAUAAAGAUCAUGUUAAAGUGGUAAGUGGUUAUCCGGCUGACUCUAAAUGCCAUGAUGCAGAAGUUAAAGAUCGCACCACUGACUAUCAGGAAUCCCUUUUAGAUGUUGACGACAGUCCAGAUGAUUUUCAGGAUUCCGUUACGGAUAUCAGGAACCGAGGUGAGCCGAAUGCGAGUGUUUUAGACAUGCUGAACCUGGAGCACUGCUUGGUGGAUGUGGUGCAGCCAGUCAGGAGAGACAAUGACAACAGCCGCAGGGCAACGUCCCCAUUCUCAGACACCCGGCUGCUGGAACUAGAGGACAGUCUGUUGGGGGAGGGGCAAGGGACGCUUGGGAAUGUUACCGUGGACCAACAGGAGGUGGGGCUUGUGGCUCACAGGGAUCAGGCAGAGGUGGAGAUGGAGCACACUGAUCUUAUGAGGGACUCGUGGGUUGGUGCAGAGAUGAGCCCUGAUGUAUAGAACUACACCCAUGCAUACAUUUUCAUAUGCGCCUUUAUCGACUCAUGUUAAUUAGCAAAACUGUUUUUUUCGUAAUUGUCUUUUUCAUGUGUUUUUUUUUUUUUUGUUAAAAGUUAAGCCAAGUGUGCAGGAAACAUUUAGAUUUUUUAUUAUUGUCACUAUUUUAUUUAUAAUGCCUGUGAUGAAGUGAGUAAAAAAGAACUUGCUGUGCCACAAGACACAUGUAUACACACAUCUACAUUACUGUCUUAAACUCAGGGAACUUGUGGCAAAUGUCCACUUCCUUAAUAACCACCAUGCCUCUUACACUGUGUGUGGGGGUGGGAAAGACUGUCUGCCUCUUCAUCAGUACAGUGGGAAAAAGAAUAAAACAAAUGGUGCAAACAAUAAAAAAAAUCAAACCAAA